AUGUCGAUAGAUCCUAGGGCAACCCGGCUAACAAUUCGGCAGCUCUUCCCUAAGCGGGUGACCUAUAGUGCUCUGCUUACUGUCAAUCUAUAUGUUUUCAUGGGCAACAUGUACUCGUCUGGCCUUGCCGUCGGCUUCGAGGCAUUGGCUGCUGACUUGCACAUGCCUUUUGCUACCCUGGCAGAGUUGGUUAGUUACUCCGUGUUAGCAAUGGGGUUAUCCAACUUGAUUUGGAUGCCCCUAGCUCUGACCUUUGGAAAGCGCCCCAUUGUGGUGAUUUCCAUGGCGAUGUUUUUGGGCGGAAUAAUCUGGAGCGCAGUUGCGAAGGAUUACAACAGCCUACUUGCAUCACGAGUGUUUGCUAGUUUUGGAUACGGCGCAAUCGAGUCUCUUGGGCCAAGCAUUCUUGCCGACCUAUUCUACGAGCGCAACUACUCUAGCGCAAUGGCAGUCUACGCCGCCUUCCUCUCUGGCGGUUCUCAAAUCGGCCCUGUCAUUGCAGGCUAUUUGAUCCAAGCCAAAGGAUGGAGAUGGUUUUUCAUCCUCUGCGCCAUCAUUGCCGCUGUGAACCUUGUCACCACAAUCUUCCUCCUUCCCGAAACCCUAUAUGAAGUCGAGCCUGAACUCGAAAUCGUCAACGACAUCGAGAAAGAUGUCGCCAGCCACGUUGAGACCGUCACACGUAGCGAGACUCGCACCGAGGCGCGUGCCAAGAUGGAUUAUGCGACCUACUGGAAGGAUCUUUGGUCAUUCAAAAUUUCCAAGGAAGCGCAGGAAAAGGGGAUCUUCAGGCACUUUGCCUAUCAAUUUGUUCUCCCAUUCCCGCUUCUCUUGGUUCCUGGGGUCCUGAUUGCCUCUGCUAUGUAUGGCGUUAUUCUUGGAGCUGUUGUUAUUAUCUCCACCAUCGCACCCGACGUGUUUGCUCCGCCUCCCUACCUCUUCUCAUCUGCCGACCUCGGCCUCUUCACAUUCAGCAGCUUCAUCGGCAUUGUGGUCGCUUGGCCAAUUGCCGGUCCAUUGACCGAUCGCUUAUCCCGCUGGCUGCGUAUACGCAAUGAUGGUGUUCACAAACCCGAGCACCGUCUUCCCGCCCUCGUCCUCCCAUUCCUGAUUUGCCCCGUGGGUCUGAUUGUUUUCGGAUACACCGUGGCCAGGCAACAGCAUUACGUUCGUCCUGCCGUUGGCGCAGCAAUUUGCGCCGCGGGACUCACACUCGUGCCUUCUGUCAUGCUGUCCUACGUUGUGGAUGCAUACCCGCGCACGAGUGGUGAGGCACUGGUGCUGGUCAACGCAUCCAAGAAUGUGGUUGCCUUUGGUCUUGCCAAGGGGGCUUAUGCCUGGAUGACAAUGGAAGGCAUUGACAAGAUGUUCUACGAGUUUGCAGGUAUUGAGUGGGCUGUUUUGUUCCUAGCUCUGCCGCUGUACAUAUUCGGGCCCUGGAUUCGGCGCCGGACUGAGAGGUGGUUCUAA